AUGGUUCGCUCACUGCUUGCUCAGUCCCUGGCACUCGGGGGAUUGCUCACCAGCAAUAUUCCUUUAGCAUCAGCGCUUCCUCAGAAUGACGGUAGCGCUGCUCUGCAGACUUGCCUGACUGAAGCUGUUGGUGGAGACGCUUCUCGAGCCCAAUUCCCAUCCGAGGAGAAUUUCAGCACUGCGGAUGUCAAGCCGUACAAUCGACAGUACCAAUACACACCAUCGGCUGUCAUGUAUCCCAAGACCGCUACCGAGGUUGGCGACAUUGUCAAGUGUGCCUCCAAGUACACCCGCAAAGUCCAAGCUAGGAGCGGCGGACAUGAUUAUGUCAACAAGGGUAUCGGAGGCGCGAAUGGUGCUGUUGUUGUGGACCUGAAGAAUUUCAACCAGCUCUCAGUCAACCAGGACAGCGGCAUCGCCACCAUCGGCCCCGCCAACGGACUCAAAGCCGUCGUUGAAGGCUUGAACAACAACGGCCAGCUCAUGAUUCCGCACGGAACUUCGGCUACAGUUGGCAUCGGCGGGCAUACGCUGAUCGGAGGCUUCGGCCCUGUGACGCGCCGAAGCGGUCUGGCAUUGGACUCGCUCCGGGAAGUGGAAGUGGUCCUCGCCAACGGCACCGUGACUCGUGCAUCUGAGGAUACCAACGCCGACCUGUUCUGGGCGAUGCGUGGCGCCGGGCAGUCCUUCGGCAUCGCCACCUCGUUCGACUUCCAAACCUCGCCGCAACCCGCCGGCAACGUCGUCACCUACCAGUACAACGUCACCAACAGCGACUCCGCCAUCCUCGCCGAGACGCUGGCCAGCUGGCAGACGCUGAUCUCCGACCCCGACCUGUCCCGCGACCUGUUCACCCUGGCUGUCUACCAGGGCAACACGCUGCUCAUCCGCGGCAACUACUGGGGGUCGCGCGCCGACUUCGAGGCCCUGCGCCUGGCCGAGCGCGUGCCCAACAUCGACACGUCCGCCCCCGGCACGACGCUGACCGAGUCGUCGUGGAUCGACAUGUACGAGGACACGUUCCGCUUCACCGACACGCAGCUGCAGGACGCCUUCUUCUACGCGCGCACCGCCGCCGUGACCAAGUCCGACCUGCCGUCGAACGAGACGCUCGCGGCGGUGCUGAAGCAGCUGCACGACGGCGACGCCGGCCACGCCGGGUGGUGGGUGCUGAUCGACAUCAACGGCGGCGCCGUUGCGGAUGUUGCGGUCGAUGCGACGGCGUUCCCGCACCGCGACGCGCUGUACUACUUCCAGAUUUACGUCUCGAGCACGGAGAAGGAGAUUGAUGACGCUGGCUUCGGGUUUGUGGAUAAGGCGAUGGGCUUGCUGCAGGAGGGCGAUGCCGCGGCGUCGGAGAGGUAUGGCGUGUAUCCUGGAUACCCCGAUGCUCGCCUCAACAACCCGCAGCAGAUGUACUGGGGCAGCAACCUCCCGAGGUUGGAGAAGAUCAAGGCCGUGCUCGAUCCUGAGGAUGUGUUCAGCACGGCGCACGGUGUCAAGCCGGCGCGGUCGUAA